UCCGUCUGUGAAAAAUAGGAAUUUUCGCAUUUUUCGUUUUUGGCUUUCCAGUUGUUCGCAGCCUUUUUAUCUAUCUGAAGUUGAACGUGCUAUUCAUAUUAGGCGCGAAACUUCUGGUACAUAUUUUUUACCAUCGCUUUUCGUGUGGAUUACUGGCGAUCACUUGAUAAAAGAUGGCCGAACAAGCUGACAUUCCCACUUUCAAGCUUGUCUUGGUGGGAGAUGGUGGUGUGGGGAAAACUACGUUCGUCAAACGCCAUUUGACCGGAGAAUUUGAGAAGAAGUACGUGGCGACGUUGGGUGUGGAGGUGCAUCCGCUGGUCUUCCACACCAAUCGUGGACCCAUCCGCUUCAACGUCUGGGAUACCGCCGGCCAGGAGAAAUUCGGAGGACUGCGCGAUGGUUACUACAUUCAGGGCCAGUGUGCGAUUAUUAUGUUCGAUGUAACGGCGCGCGUCACAUACAAGAACGUUCCUUCGUGGCACAGGGAUCUCACGCGGGUGUGCGACAAUAUUCCCAUUGUGCUGGUUGGCAACAAAGUCGAUAUCAAGGACCGCAAAGUCAAAGCCAAGAGUAUCGUGUUUCAUCGAAAAAAGAAUCUGCAGUACUACGAUGUUUCGGCCAAAUCCAACUACAAUUUCGAAAAGCCCUUCCUUUGGCUGGCCCGCAAACUGACUGGUGAUCCCAAUUUGGACUUUGUGGCCAUGCCCGCUCUGCAGCCACCGGAAGUGGUAAUGGAUCCUACUAUGAUCGCGCAAUACGAAACGGAAAUUAAGGCGGCUCAAGAUACCCCUCUUCCGGACGAUGAUGAGGACCUGUAAAUCUGGCAUUUAUUGACAUCGUGGAGGGCGUUAACCAUCCCAUUUUCAAUACUUACGGUUGCCGCUGACUUUUGAGGAACGCUUUUGUUUUUGAUUCCUCCUGCGUUUGUUUUUCUUUUUCUCGAUUAUUCUAAUUUUGUACCGGAGUCGAAAGUAUUCAGCUCUUUACGAAUGGUUCGACAUUAGUCUCUUGCGCCUAAGUUAUUAUGGAAACCAAAAUUUAAUAUGUUCGGCUUUGAUGCUUUUUGCGAAUCAUGGUUCAUGGAGACCACAGCGCUUUAUUUCAUUCAGUCGGGUUCAAGUUCAUUAAAAUAAAAGAGAGCAGACAACGACUUGGAAAAGAGUAGCUAAAAGCUUAAAAGUGUCCCUGGCGAUGUCUGCCGGUAUA